AUACUUUAUCAAAGUUAGAUUCUUUAAUAUAUUAAUUAGAAACAAAUUUGGGAAAAAAUCAUUAACCUUCUCCUUUUAAAUAAAACAAUAAUUAAAUAACUAACACUAAAAAUAUUUAAAAGUCUCCAUAAAAAGCAAAUCCUUAGAAACCUAAAAAAGCCUAGGAGAAUGUUUAAACAGAAGAAAAAAAUAAUUAAUAACCUACAUUUGAAGAUUUUUAGAAAAUAGACAUAAGAGUAGGCAGAAUAGUAGAGUGUUGGAAACAUCCUGAAAGCGAAAAAUUAUAUUGUGAAAAAGUUGACAUAGGAAGUGAGGUAAGAUUAAUUGCCUCAGGAAUACAAUAGUACUAACCAAUAGAAAAUAUGACUGGGUUGGUAUUAGUAGUAUAAAAUUUAAAGCCUAAAAAGCUAGCUGGUUUUGAAUCACAUGGAAUGAUAUUAUGUGUUUCAAAUGCAGACCACUCUUAAGUUGAAAUAUUAAGGCCAUCAAAUGGCUCAGUAGUAGGAGAAAGAGUUUUUUUGGAAGGAUAAGAAGAUAAAUUUACAUAUGACUUGUAAACACCUCUUAACCCAAAAAAAAAAGUUUUAGAGACUUGCCUUCCUGAAACUAAAAUUGAUAAAGAUUAUUUUGCUACUUUUUUAGGUAAAAAAUGGAUGACAAAAUAAAGAUAUGUUAAGUCAGAAAAAUUAUGUUUGGCAAACAUUUCGUGA